CGCUGAGUGUGCUGGCUGGAAGCUUGGAUCUGCUCUUCAGAGUGAGCAGCGGCUCUCUUUCUCUCUCUCACUCACUCUCCACAAGUAGUUAAGUCUGAAAGCGGAGGAGGAAGAGAAAGCAGAGAGACCAGGGGAGGUCUGACGACACUGUCCCAAGCUUUUCCCGGCACCUAUUUUAAAUGCACGGAUUGAUAAAUGCGAGCACACAGUCUGCCUCUGGUUGUGCUCUACUGGAGGAACAUCAAGACUAAGAAGCAAGGCUGUCACUCUGGAGAUGUGUGUAACUUUCCAUGCCAGGACAACAACUUGAGGGAUACUUUUGGAGGCAGAGCAUGAGUGUCUGUCUACAGUGGGAGUAGGAUUCAAUGCUGGAGGUCCAGUGUAAGAAUGGAUGACGCAUUCUCCACUCCAGCAAGUAGGAGCACUUAAAGACACAAGAACUUACCAGACUUCUUCUGCACUUUCACCCAAAGCUGAUAUGAUGCUUUGGUGCAACUUUGGGCACCAGUUGCUGUCUUUCGCAGCACUUUUGGUGAUAGUGAGCUGCGGAGGAGGGGAGCAGAGGAGAGGGACGGAUAGCAGCAGCAGCAGCACAGGUGGCAGCAGCAGUAGCAGCAGCAGUGGAGGGAGCAGUAGCAACAAUUACAGCAGCAGCAGGCGCUUUCAUAAGAUCCAGCAUGGACAGUGCACCUACACCUUCAUCCUACCUGAGGGAGAGGGAGGCAGAGGGGGGUCCUGCAGGGAAGGGAAAGGUGGAAGCACGCAGCAGAACACCAACUCCCUCCAGAGAGAUGCGCCGCCACCUGAGGUGGACUUUCCCAGCCAGAAGAUCCAGCAGCUCGAGCACAUUAUGGAGAACUAUACCCAGUGGCUGCAGAAGAUUGAGAACUACAUCAAAGAGAGCAUGAAGACCGAGAUGGCUCAACUGCAGCAGAGCGCCGUCCACAACCACACAGCAGCGAUGUUGGAAAUGGGCACCAACCUUCUUUCUCAAACUGCUGCUCAGACGCGCAAGCUAACUGACGUGGAGACCCAGGUUCUGAAUCAAACAUCCCGGCUUGAGAUCCAGCUGUUGGAAAAUUCUCUCUCCACUAACAAGCUGGAGAAAGAGUUAAUGGUCCAGACCAAUGAGAUCAGCAAGCUGCAUGACAAGAACAGCCUCUUGGAGCAGAAGAUGUUAGAAAUGGAGAUGAGACAUCGUGAGGAGCUGGAGACAUUAAAGCAGGAGAAAGGGAGUCUGCAGGUUCUGGUGGGAAGCCAGAGCAGGGUCAUCAGCGAGCUGGAAGAUCAGCUGAGCCGGGCCACGGGAAACAGCACGGCCCUGCAGAGACAGCAGCAGGAGAUGAUGGAUACGGUCCAUAAUCUGCUUAACCUCUGCUCCAAAGAUGGAGCAGUUGUGCCCAAUAGUACAAAGGUUGCGGAUGAAGAGAAGAAGUUCCGCGACUGUGCCGACCUCUACCAGGCAGGAAUCCAUAAGAAUGGAGUCUACACCAUCCAGAUAAACCCACAAGAGACCAAAAAGGUGUACUGCAACAUGGAAACUGCUGGCGGUGGAUGGACAGUCAUCCAGCGCAGAGAAGACGGCAGUGUGGACUUCCAGAGAACGUGGAAGGAGUAUAAGAUUGGUUUUGGGAGCGUUUCUGCAGAACACUGGCUGGGAAAUGAGUACGUUUACCAGCUGACCAGCAGCAGGCAGUACACCCUCCGUGUGGUGCUGACAGACUGGGAUGGACACCAGGCCUUCUCACUGUAUGACCGCUUCCAGAUUGGCAGUGAGAAACAGAACUACAGGUUGUUUUUGAAAAGCCACAGUGGGACUGCAGGCAGACAGAGCAGUCUGGUGAUCCACGGAGCAGACUUCAGCACCAAGGACAUGGACAACGAUAACUGCAUGUGCAAGUGUGCGCUCAUGCUGACUGGUGGUUGGUGGUUUGAUGCCUGCGGCCCGUCCAACCUUAACGGCAUGUACUUCACUCAAGGACAACACGUAGGGAAGUUGAAUGGUAUCAAGUGGCACUACUUCAAGGGUCCCAGCUACUCGCUACGAGCCACCGUCAUGAUGAUCCGCCCCUUGGACUUCUCCUAGUCUCUUUGAACUUGUGAACUCGUAGCAUCCAAAGGGCUACGUAUGUAGCACAUUAGAGGGACGCUUCCCAUUUUAUCCUGGUGUCUCAUCUCAAUUUGCUGGCCACAGGAGUCGUCCUUAUAAAUCAUUUUGAUCAACGUGGUUCUUCCCCCAGAGCAACUGAGCUGCUGCUGUUGCCGCAUUAUAACCUUUCCCCUCAUUGGACUGAAAAAGACUCAUGAAGCAGAGGGGGGGGGGACAGAGCAAAGACAGGAUCCACAUGAACUGAUUUUUGUUCCCAAGCAGAUUCAUAAACUUGACCUUGUGUGAGGAUGAAUACUUUGAGGUGUGCUUUUUUACACCUGAAGUUUGAGCACAUAUAAUGCUUUCAGAUCUGCUUGUAGGAGAAUUUAAACUCAUAAAGCAACACGUUCCUUAUUCUGGGGACCUGCGUUGUCAAAAUAUGGAGGGCUUGAACUCUUCUGAAUGGAAAGUGGCUAUCAAAGAGCAGAAUGGACUCUUAAACUGCAGGACAGAAUGUAUCUUAGAGGAGAGUUGCGGCUUUUUAUUGAAGUAUCGCUCCAAAAAUGCAGCCCAUUAAUAUUCUGAUUGUAGUACUAUUUUUGUUAUGAUAGCUGUAUACCCAAAGUAAGAUGAAAUUGUCUUUUGUACUGUACAGCAUGUACUGAAUAUCUGUCCGCUUAAUGUUUCAAACACACACUCACUGGUUUCAAAGGUGACCUUGUAAUUGGAGUGAUUUGUAAUAGUUUCAGGGUCACUCGCAGUAUUUGCUGGCUGCAGGGUUCAAGACGUGAAGUUGUUAUUGGAUUAGGUUCUGGACUGAAUUCUUUCUUAUUGGCUGACAAAUAGCUAAUAACAUGCCAAGGUUUAGGUAAUAAGUGAUCACCUUACUUCUGCUGAAUAUGAAAAACAAAGAUAUUAAUGCAGAUGCAGCAAGUGAUACUCAACAGUUACAGCACAUAGGUGAAGAAAUGCAUGUCAAACAUCUAAUGCUUCUUUUCUAAACCACAUAGUUUAGUUAAGGGUGUUGUACUAAAUGUACAAAAAGAUGUUAACUAAAAGUUUUGUCCAUUAUGCACUAUUUUAUGGUGGCCAACAAGGGUAAACAUGCUGCAAAAGGCAAAUAGUUUUUCAUAUGGAGCUGGAAAUUCAUAAAAUAAUGUGUGAAGAAGAUCCCUCAAAGCUCUCUUGAGAUGAACAAAAAAAGGAAGAACAUAAGGCCCAAUGAUCCUUAGCAGUGACUCUCAAUGUUUGAUUAGUCUUUUCUUGAGUGAGAAGGGGCACUUUGCAAGUGUUUAGGAAAUUUCCCCAACCAUUUUUGAGCUAUUGCAAUCAUAAUCAAAGGAUGAACAUGUGCCCCAGUGAUCUUAACUAUAUAUUCAAUAAUGCAUUCAUGACAUAGGGGUCAGUAUGAGGCCAAAUUACCUUAGACAAUGUCCUUGAAAUGUAUUCUGUGUAUCCUUGAGUCAGAGCAGACAUAUUUGUAAUUUUGAAGGAAUCCCUCAUGCCAUUCUUGAGAUAUUGUUUUCACAAGCAAGGGAUGAGCACUGGGCCCCAGUGACCUUGAAUUUGAACCUAGGAUCUUCAAAAUCUGAUAUAGAUAUGCUUGAGUCAGACGAGAUAUUUGUGCAAAUUUUGAAGAGAUCCCCUCAAAGCUUUAUGGAGAAUUUGGUUUCACAAGCAUGGGGUGAACAUGGGGCCCAAGGAUCCUGACCAUUGACUUUCAAUGUUUGAUCUGUUUAUCCUUGAGUGAGAGGGGGCAUUUUUACAAGUUUCCUCCAACCAUUUUUGACUAUUGCAGUCAUGAGCAAGGGAUGAACAAAAAGCCUAAUGAUGCUGACCAAUAACUUUCAAUAUUUGAUGAGUCUUUUCUUGAUUAAGAGGGGGUGUUUAUUGCAAAUUUAAAGGCAAUUCCUCCAACCAUUUUUAGCCAUCACAUGUAUAAGCAAGGGGUGAGCAAAUGGCUCAAUGAUCCAACCAAUGACAUUUUAGGAUUGAUCAAUCUAUUUCUGUGUGAAGGGGGGCAUUUUUGCAAGUUUUAAGGAAAUUCUUCCAGCCAUUUUUUUAGCUAUCGGAAUUACAUGCAAGGGGUGAACAUGGGGCCCAAUGAUCCUAACCAAUGGCAUUCAAUGUUUGAUCAGUCUAUACUUGAGUGAGAGGGGGCAUUUUUGCAAGUUUGAAGGAAAUUUCUCCAGCCGUUUCUGAGCUAUUGCAAUCAUAAGAAAAUGAUGAACAUGUGUCCCAAUGAUCUUGACCAGAUACUUUAAACAUUUGAUCAGUCUAUCCCUAAGUGAGAGUGGCCAUUUUUGAGAUACUGCUACUACUUCACAAGCAACAGAUGAACAUUGCCCAUGGGAUGGCCUAGUGACCUUUAACUUGACCCAUGACAUCCAAAAUUGCAUCAAUUCAUCCUUGAGUCAUUGUAGGCAGCUGUGGGAAGUUUGAAGAAAAUCCCUCAAUGUGUUUUUGAUGGUUUGGAUUUACAAAUAUGGGAUGAACAUGAGGCCCAAUGACCUUGAUAUUUGACUUUUGGCCCUCAAAAUCUAAUCACUUCAUCCUUUAGCCAGAGGGGACAGCUUGCAUAAGGCCUGAUAUCCUUGACCAAAUUCGCUAAAAUCUAAUGAGUCCAUUUGUAAUGAAUGGACAUAUAUGCAAAGUUCACAUAAGCCAGUCAGUAUUCCUUGAGAUAUCCCAUUCACAAGUGAAUGAUGAACAUGAGGCCUAUUAUCUGUAACUUUUGACAAGUACCCUGUAAAAUUAAAUUAGGCCAUACUACAAUCCCAUUGUUUUUGUAGGUUUUGAAGAUUUAGUUGAAGAUAUAGAUGAAGAUGAAGUCCUGUUGUACGUCUGCUUGUCUGUUUUGAAUUUUCAUUGCUUCCAAAUGCACCUCAUUUGUUUUUCUAGACGUCUUUUGGACUGUUGCAGGAUGUUUGCCCUUGUGGGACACCAUACAAGACUAAAAAUGAUGAGAUGUGUCUGAAAUGAUCUGUAUCUGUAGCGUACAUUGUAAACCUUCUUUUUUUCAAAUACUGACCUCUUAACUUUAUGCAAAGAGCAGAUGAGUAACACAAAUUUCAUCCAAACUAUAUUUCUCAGACAUCUAAAUGACACAGCUUUAAUAUUCGGCCAGUUUCUGUUUCCCAUCACUGCAGCUUUCAGAAAAAAAGGAGCUGGGAUCUGAUAUGAAGCAUGAAAUUAAUGAUUCCACCAAGUGAUCCGUGUGAACGCAUAUUUCAUAAUUUCCAUCUUACAACAACACAAUCUACAGCGAUCUAUUUACUGAAGGUACAUGUGGAAGGAAGAUAAAGUGUAUCUGGAACUUGUAAAACUACAACUGACAUGUUUAUUAGCAUAGUUAAAAUUGUAUAAUUUAAAGUGUGUGUGUAUGUGGAGCGGCUUUCCUGAGGAAAGCUCUUCUUUUUUUACUCUGCCAGGAGUACAGUGGUGAGCAUAAAACAUAGAAGUUAAGAUAAUAACCCUGGAGAAAUGUGCCUUUGAAAACUCUGCUUUUACCUCAUUAAAUUCCAGAUUUGCAGAUUUAUUUAAACAUCUUUUCUUAACAUGUGGCCGAUGUUGUGUUGCUAGAUUAAAUAAAGGAGCAUGUGAUGCACUCAUGUUUUCAAUCUGUGUCCAGGCUGCACCUUUUUACACCAGAUUAAUGUGAUGAUAGAUGAGGGUUUCAAGUCAGGCUUCCCCGAGUUUGGCUCUUGUUCCUUCUUCCUAUAAUCCGACAUGCUUUCACUUCAGAAAGCUUCCUUUCGUGAUAACAUCUUCAGUGUUGUAUGUAGUGUGUGUCAUGCAAAGGAGCUUACUGCACAGAAAGACAUGAGAUAAAUCCUACAGAUAAACAGACAUGAUUCCUUGGCUUUUUUGAGUACCAAACCAGAUGGUGCAAACAAAAAGGACUCCAUCUCUGCCAAGGCAGUGUAGAAGCUACACUGCAAAAUGUAAAACUUGCUCAGGACAGGCCUAUUUUUCCCAUAUAACAUUCAUUAAAACUCACAACCAAACAAAUCUAAGUAACUUCCUUUUACAGGAAACAACAGCCAAAUAAAGCCUGUAUUGCAUGUUAUGUGCAAAAUAUCAAGCAAAAUUUACUUGUAAAGUGUUAAAAAAAAAAAAAAAUGGAGAGCAACUACCAAACCUUAUUUAACUCCAUUGUCUAAUCAAAUUUGCACAUCUCAUUAAAGGACAAAAUGUUGUAGUUUGGUAUUGUUGAUGUGGAGUUGUAUGUAUGAAGUAUUUGUUAUUUGUUAAUGGAAAGCCAAUAAAAAAGUGAAAAAAGAAUAAAAUGAUUUGCAGUUCUAAUAAACCCAUAUUUUUUCACAAUAUAACAUAAACAACAUAUAGGAUGUUGAAACUGGGACCAUUUAAUGAAAAAUAUCAGCUCAUUUUUAAUUAGAUGGUAGCAACAUAUCCCGACAGGACCAUGUUUACCAUCCUGUUGCAUCCCCUUUUCUUUAGACAACAGUCUGUAAGUGAAGUGAGACGAGUAGUUGUUGGAGUUUUAGGAGAUGUUUUUCUCCCCAGAUUCUAGCUGCUCAAGAAUUCUGUGUCUUCCUUGCCAGUUUUUUUCAUAGGCACUAAUGCAGCCAUACCAUCAGAGAUGUACGCUUUUGAACCGUACACUGUUAACAAGCUGGAUGGUCCCAUUUCCACUCUCAACAGGACACAGCAUCCGUGGUUUCCAAGAAGAAUUUCAAAAUUUAAUUCCACUGACCACAGAACAGUUUUCCAUUUUGCCUCAGGCCAUUUUAAGCUUCGGCUUAUUUUAAAUAAGCAUUCUCGAAGUGUUCCUGAGUGAGUGAUUUUAUACCUGUUUUUUAGUGCAGUGCUGCCUGAGUGCCAGAAGAUCACAGGCAUCCAAGACUGAACCUGCCCUGUUCCUUAUGCACAGAGAUUUCUCCAGAUUCUCUGAAUCUUUUUGAUAAUAUUAUGUACCGUAGAUGGUGGGAUAUUCAAAGCCUUCACAACUUUACCAUGAGGAACAUUUUCUUAAUUGUUCUAUAACAUUUAGACAGUUUUUUGCAGAUUGGGCAACUUAUGCCCAUUUUUUCUUCGUAGAGACUCUACCUCUCUAAAAAGUUUCUUUUGUACUCAGUCAUGUUACUGCCAUUUUGCUAUUAACCUAGUUAGUUGCAAAAUGCUCCUCCAGCUGUGUUUUUAUUAAUACCACUUGAUUUUCAAGCUGUUUGUUUCCCUGUCCCCAACUUUUUUUGAGAUGUGUUGCUGUUAUCAAAUUAGA